AUUAUAGCGGCUCUAGCGGCCAGUUCUUACUUCGGUAUUCCAAGCUACGCUGUCGUUUAAACUGAGAUCGGGUUUCUUAAUUGAAAUUAUUACCUCUGUUCCCAAUUUAUAGUCUUGCGCAAAUCUACCAAUCCAUUGAUCAGACCCUAUAUAAAUCCUACUCCUUAUAAUCAUACAUAAUAAUCAUGGGCGUUUCCACAAAUAACUCCUGCCUCGGCACCAGCUACUCAACAUCCGUCAUCGAAGACAUACCCACCAACAAUACUUUCGCGCUAGUGACAUACCAGUCCCAAUCCAACCUCACCCUUGAACAGCAACCGCGAUACCAAGGGCUACAACAGUGCUGCGGACCGGACCAUCCUGUCUCGAAAUUGAGUUAUGAUUGUGUGCUUUGGUGCGACCUGCCGCAGGAGAUGGUGGAUAAUCAGACCGAGUUCUUUGAUUGCUUUCGAGGAACUAAGGGAGCGGGCUUUGCGAGCGUGGUUAAUGGGUCGAAUGCGCCUGGGGAUGAGGGGAGUGGCGCGCAGAGGAUACGUGGGAGGACGCCAGGUGUUCUAGGGACUAGUGUACUGGCGUUGAUGGUUGGGUGGUUUUGCUUGGUGGCGUAGUGUAGAAGUAGCGCGCGGGAGGAUGGGAUACGGGAGGGAGGGAGUGUGUGUGGUUAGGGGGUUAUAGGUACCUAGUAGAGAAGUGACUGAAGGUUGUAUGAUGGGAGAGGGUGGUUUGGAUUUCAUUCGCGAUGAUCAGUC